CCACCAUGACCGGCUCCGCUGCCGAUACUCACCGCUGCCCCCACCCCAAAGGCGCCAAAGGCACCCGCUCCCGGAGCAGCCACGCGCGGCCCGUGAGCCUCGCCACCAGCGGGGGCUCGGAGGAGGAGGACAAAGACGGCGGGGUGCUGUUUCACGUUAACAAGAGCGGCUUCCCCAUCGACAGCCACACCUGGGAGCGCAUGUGGAUGCACGUGGCCAAGGUGCACCCCAAGGGGGGAGAAAUGGUGGGCGCCAUCAGGAACGCCACCUUCUUGGCAAAGCCUUCAGUGCCCCAGGUUCCAAACUACAGGCUGUCGAUGACGAUCCCAGACUGGCUCCAGGCAAUCCAGAACUACAUGAAGACACUACAAUACAAUCAUACAGGGACCCAGUUCUUUGAAAUUAGGAAAAUGAGACCGCUGAGUGGGUUAAUGGAAACAGCGAAAGAAAUGACUCGGGAGUCCUUGCCUAUCAAAUGCCUUGAAGCUGUCAUCCUGGGCAUUCUAAGAUACUUAACCAAUGGACAGCCUUCCAUCGAGCGAUUCCCCAUCAGCUUUAAAACCUACUUCUCAGGAAACUACUUCCACCAUGUUGUGCUGGGGAUUUAUUGCAAUGGCCGCUAUGGCUCCCUGGGCAUGAGCCGACGGGCUGAGCUAAUGGACAAGCCAUUGACCUUUCGGACUUUGAGUGACCUCAUCUUUGACUUUGAAGACUCCUACAAGAAGUACCUGCACACAGUCAAGAAGGUCAAGCUUGGGCUGUACGUCCCCCAUGAGCCUCAUAGCUUUCAGCCCAUUGAGUGGAAGCAGCUGGUCCUCAAUGUCUCAAAGAUGCUGAGGGCUGACAUAAGGAAGGAGCUGGAGAAAUACGCCAGGGACAUGAGAAUGAAGAUCCUGAAACCUGCAAGUGCCCAUUCUCCAACCCAAGUGAGAAGUCGGGGGAAAUCCCUGUCCCCCAGAAGGAGACAGGCAAGCCCGCCUAGACGGCUCGGCAGGAGAGACAAGUCCCAAGGCAAGCGACCACGCCUGUGCCUGCAGAAGACAGCUCUCAGACAGCCGCAGUUCCCUCAAGCUCUCUGUCAUUGCAGAACCUCAUUCCACUUUCCAAGCAGGCAGGUUCCCCAGGCGGCUUUUAGAGGCCUGCGCUGCCUGAGAAGGUGGCUGACCUGGGCACGCUGAACGAAGUGGGCUACCAAAUCCGAAUUUAGGCAAGCCAUAUCAGCCAGCAAGGGGGCUCUGUGGUGCUUCUGUCUGCACUUUGCCCCAGCAUCUUCAGGAGGAACUGCAACUAUUUAUUGAGAACCUGUGAAUUUUAUUUCUACGGAUUCACUCGGACGCAGCACCGGAGUGGGUGGUAACAAUGAACUGAAAAAACUCCCGAAGGGGCAACCGUGGAAAGGCUGAAGAAAGCCCACUGCGGAUGGACUGACUUCCUCACUACAGAUAGAAAGGGUAACACCAUCAACUGUAGUUUUAUAUUUUCCCAUUUACCUGUUUCUGUUUACUUGCUUUUGAACAUUAUGCCUCACCGGUAGGAAAUGUUAAGGAAACCCUCCCUCCUACUUUUGAUAUAGUAAGGUAACUCAGUCAGUAUUAAUGUCUUUUUCAGCAAUAACAGAGGCAAAGAUUGGUGGGAUUUUUUUUAAGCAGUCAAUAUUACCUCAGCAUCUUGACAUCAGAUAUGCAAACUUAAUGGUGUUUUCAUUUUUUUAUACUCUAUUUGUAUUGUUUCCCCAAUAUUUCCAGUGGGGAUCUCCACAAACUUUGGAAUUUUUUCCUGGUGCACACAUCAUGAGACUUAAGGUAUUAUAUCAAGGGUUUCACUAAAAAGCACUGAAAUUCUUCUGGUAGUAUGGGAAACUACUUUCAGGACGUUGGAGCUACUUUCCUAAUCUUAAAGCAUUCGCGGAUAGUAGUUUCUGUUCUUUCAAAACAAAACAAGCACGUGCAGAAGGUA